AUGCAAUCUCGGCUGCGGCCACUUUAUAUCGUUUCGCACCUGUCCAAUAGUAGGGCAUUCAUAGAUGACGUGUUGGGCAGAGGUGCCAAUGGGGUGGAGCUAGACACACAGUUCAACUCGAACUGCACCCCUAGCCGCUUCUUCCACGGCGGGACAUGCAACUGUGGUCACGAGGUGAAUGGCUCCUGUGGAUGCGCCUCGGAGUACUUCUGCGCCCAGGAAGGCAAGAUCGUACAACUUCUCCAAUACCUCAGAGAUAGAGCCAAUCCUGAAAAUGCCUUGUACCAACCAACAUUUACCGGUUUCGUGUGGCUCGAUCUCAAACUUCCCUACCACGACGAGAUGGAGGAGGGUGGCAAAUACUUCGGCAACGUCCUAUUGGAUGAUGUUUUCAACAGUGAUUCCAACGGAUCGAGACUACACCUUGGACUGGAACAGUAUAACAUUAAUGAUGCCCCAUUCGUGAAAGGUGUAUCGGACCAGAUAAAGCAGCGGGGCAGGAAAGACGUUGUUGACAGAUUUGGUAAGGACGAAUACACAGCGCUAAUAGGUGUUUCUUCUAUCUCAAAGACCGCUGGAACAUCAACCCCCACGAAAAAAAGCUUUCAUGGUGGUCGAAAGGUGUAA